AUUAAACUAAAGUAAACACCAAACCCCACUUCUUUUAUCCCAAUUCCCAGGAUCAGGCAGUCGACAAAAGCCCCGAGUACCCGAGAGGACGAAUGAGGACACUGCACCUCGACGAGACAGGGUCAAUGAGAAACAUAAUGGGAGACAGCGAUUACGCGGCCAAGCAAGUGUUCGGGGACUCACACACGCAACGAUUUUUUUCAAACCAGCUCUCACCAGAAGUCCAAGCAUCUAGCUCUGCCUCGCAGAACAGCGGAUUCCAAAAUCUUGAGUUACCUCCACAGCAGGGAUCAUAUGUUAAAGGUAAAGACAACCAAGCUUCCCCUGAACGAGACACUCAAACUCAAACAAUCGACCGGUUUCAACAAAAUGAAAAGGAAGGUUCUAGUCCCAUGGAACGUCUUGACAAUCUUCAAAGCCUCAGAGAGCAGCUGCAACGAUUGCAAGACAUUGUGGAAAAACUGGAACACGAACAGAGGGACGCUCUUCAACACCAAGAAAAUAGGAAUGAUACAACACCGAAAACUGACCUUCCGCAUCCGGCUGCACAGACGACCAACACUAAUAAUAAUAACACCGCUAGACAGAACACAACUAACAAAGAUGUCGGGCAAUCUGGAGGUGACUACGGGAAUACGGCCGGUGUGCUCAAGCCACAAAAUGUUGGUGAAAUCUCGUCGCCUCAAAGCAAACCCGCUUUGCAAACACCAGUAUUUAUCGCCGGGAAUAAACCUCCCAAAGACAACAGUAGUUCUUCUCCGGAAUACUCCAAUCUUUUAAAAACUGAAGUGGAGGGAACCGAGGCAACCCCGGGAAGUGACGUCACUCGUCCGAGUGAAUCGCCUACCCCGUCAACGCCAAAACCAGAAUCGUUAUUGACGCAUCUGACAGAUAACAAGAUAAGGAUUGAGAUGCCCGAGUUCAAUCCCGAUACUGUGAACGAUUUGGCCAGGGAAGAGUUCAACCCCCUGAACCCGCUGUACGGGGUAGACCUGCAGCAGUACCUUGGUCGCCAGACAGGAAAAGGAGAAGGAUUUGACCCCACCAAACUGAACACACAGCUGGCUGAGCAGGGGCUGCAAACAAUAGGACGUAAGUGAAAAACUGAAUGGUGAGAUCAAUUUUUUUUGUAUAUCUCUACAUCUCGUCAAAACAGUAUUUCUUUAAUCUUAUCAAGCUAAACAAAAAAAGAAAAAGAAAAAGAAAAAGAAAAAAGGAAAUGGAGAUCGAAACCACACUAUUUUUAACGACCAGCUUACCUUUCAGGCACGUCUUUAACGGCCACACUUGCUCGAACAACCACCUGUCUAAAAAAAAUGGUGAAAUGGUAUGGGUUUAACGC